ACGGGGGGCGACCCCCGUGCAGCGGGGCGGGGGCGGGCGGCCGGUGCUCCGGGGCUGGGGCGGGCGGCGGCUGCCACCUGCCGGGGACGGGCGGCCGGGGCUUCCCCCGCCCCCGCACGCCCGGGGUGCUGCCGGUGCUCCCGCCGCCCCCCCACGGUGGUGCCGGCUCCCCCACGCCCAGGGCUUUGCGCCUUGUGUCCCCCCUCGGCCCCCACUGCCCCACGGUGUCCCCGUCCCCCCGCCGCCGAGCACCGCCGCAGCUCGUUGCACCGGUGGCCGAGCUGCCGGGUUCGCGCCCCGCCCGGCCAGCAGGGGGAGCGAGAGGCGGCGGCGGCGCUCUGCCCGCCCGCUCGCUGCCCUGCGCGCAAUGCCCUCUGGGAAAUGUAGUCGCGUCUCGCCCCGCCCCGCCCGCGCCGCGGGGGGCGGGGACUACAUUACCCACAGGGCGCCGCGCGGGCGGAGUAGGCGGGGCUGGGGAGGAGUGGGCGGGGCGCGGGGCCACGUGCGGGCGCGGGGGUGGUGCCGCCCGCGCCGGGCAAUGGCCGAGAGCGCCCCGGAGCCGCGGGGUCCCAACGGCUCCGGCUCCGCCGCGGGGCCCCGCUCCCCCCUGCCCCGGGAUGCUGCGGGCGAUGGCUCAGACGGCGGCUCCGAGACCCCCACCUCGAGCGUGACCCCCACCGAGGAGGAGGAGGAGGAGGAAGGCCACCAGUGGCGGGUGGGCGAUGCGUGUCGCACCGCCUGGCCCGGGGACGGGCGGCUCUACCCGGCCCGGCUGCGGGCGCUGGACCCCGGCACCGGCACCUGCCUGGUGCAGUUUGACGGCUACGGCGACACCGAGGAGCGGGCGCUGGCCGAUCUCCUGCCCCCCGACCCCGCGACCUGGGGGGCGAGCGACACCCUGGGGGGCGAGGGGCCCCCCUCAUCGUGGGAGCCACCCCCAGGCGCGAGGAGGAGGAAGGGUGAGCAACCACCCAGCUCCCCCCAACCCCCUGAGGUGAUGCCCCCGCCGUGGCCCCCAGCCCUGCUGCACGCCAUGCGGGAGGAAGAGGAGGAGGAGGAGGCCUUGGCCGCGAUGCUGAUGGCCUGGGCCUCCGGGAAGGCCGGGGGGAGGCUGCCGAGCCCCCCCCGAGGCCGGGCCGCAGGCAGAAGAAGCCCCCGCGCAGUUAGGAGGGCAGCUGGAUCCGGCCCCCCCGCGCCCCACCGGAGGGGCAGCCGUGGGGCAGCACCGUGUUCCUGCUCUCCCCUCGCUUGCGGAGGGUCCCCCCCGGGGGUCCUGGCUGCAAGGAUGGGGGGAGCAGCCCUCCUCCACCCCGGCCGGCUCUGCAUCAGAGCCCUGGCUGGGAUGGGGGGCUGCAGCACCCCCUUUUUUUCCCCCCUUUCUGUCCCCCCCCCCACUUUGGAAUAAAGCUGUUUGUGAGA